GGGAAGUGGUAUGACUUGUAACACGGGAGCGUUAGAUAACGUUAUACUGUUUGCUAGAGUAAUGGACCAGUAGGGCUGCAGCUGCAUACCAUAACCCAGCAGCGACAUACCAGUCAGAUUAUGCCACUGGAACCAGAGUGGCACGCGCUCAGCCGCACACUGCUGCAUGUACACAGCCAGCCGCCGUACCUUCCUCCCUGUUCCUGCAUCCCGCCGUGCGCAUUUCACUGAGCAACAUCUCUCUCGCCUUUUUCUCCUUCCUGCUGCGCACUGCUGCUGUUACAGAACCCCCCUUCAGCCAAAAUGACCGAAACGGAAACCAGGAAUCAUCACGCCGACAAGCAACAGAUCAACGGAGGUGCCAUGGCAGACCCGUCGACGGUGGAGGAUGUUUUUGACGACACCUAUAAAGAGAAAGAGGGUCCCAAACCGCCGAGGAUGCUGGUGUGGAGGAAUAUCAUACUGAUGUCCCUCCUACAUUUCGGUGCGCUUUAUGGACUCCUUCUCGUUCCCUCUGCAUCGGUCUCAACUCUUGCAUGGUCUGCAGUGUGCUACCUCAUCAGUGCUCUCGGCGUGACUGCUGGUGCACACAGAUUAUGGAGCCACAGAUCCUACAAGGCCUCCUUUCCUCUGCGAGUCUUCCUCGCUCUCGCCAACUCCAUGGCCUUUCAGAAUGACAUAUAUGAGUGGGCGAGGGACCACCGUGUCCACCACAAGUACUCUGAGACGGAUGCAGACCCCCAUAACGCCAAGCGUGGAUUCUUCUUCGCCCACAUCGGCUGGCUGAUGGUUCGCAAACACCCCGAUGUCAUCGAGAAGGGCAAAAAACUGGAGCUCACAGACCUGAAGGCAGAUAAAGUCGUUAUGUUUCAGAGACGGCAUUACAAGCUCUCUGUGUUGAUCCUCUGCUUCCUGGUGCCAACGUUGGUGCCCUGGUACUUCUGGGGUGAAUCCCUGGCUGUGGGAUACUUUGUCCCCGGACUCCUGAGGUACGCUGUGGUGCUCAACGCCACCUGGCUGGUCAACAGCGCUGCGCACAUAUGGGGCAACAGGCCUUAUGAUGUGACCAUUAACCCGAGGGAAAACCCACUGGUUGCUUUCAGUGCCAUCGGGGAAGGCUUCCACAACUACCACCACACAUUCCCCUUCGACUACUCCACAAGUGAGUUUGGCUGCAAGCUCAACCUCACCACUGCCUUUAUAGACCUCAUGUGCUUCUUGGGUUUGGCUCAGGAUCCCAAGAGGGUGUCGAAGGAAGUGAUCAUGGCACGCAUUCAGCGAACGGGUGACGGCAGCCACAAAAGCGGCUGAGUCACACCGGCUACAAACUCUGCAACUGAUACCGACAUGUCGAACCGAGACAGAACAUAGCAACAGGUAUAGCAGCAUUUCAGUGGUGGUGGGAGGGGGCUUGAUUACCAUGCUUCUGAUUAUAAGAUAAACCUCCUCCCCGAGACUAAUAUUGGCUUUAAAGAGUUGUAGAUCUUUCCAUAAAUCGUGUGGGUCUCUUAAGUUUUGAAAUGUUCUCACCAACUAUUAGCCACAGCCAGCGACUUGGCUUCAUGUGCAAGCACAGCUUUUUUCACCAUAAUAUAUAAAACAGGCACAAAGAGAAUGAAGCUAAUUUGGAUUUGAGUCUCUUUUUGCAGCAGAUGGACAACCAAACUUUGUGAGCGGUGUGUAAAAGCAGUAAUUCUAGGAUAAUUUACUGUAUAUCUUAUUUGUUAAUGUGCUAUUUAUUAACAGUCUUUGGCACUUUGAAAGCUUUUUUGAAACCCUUAACAGUGAGGUUUCUCUACAGGCAAUAUUGAGGGCCUUUUUGCUCUAACUUCUGUCAGUACUGCUUUGUCUCUUUCCACAGGGAGUGGAGUUUCAUCUUGAUUAUUGGUUGUCUAGUUUAAGCUAAGGUUUUUUUUUUGUUUGGUUUUUUUU